CCACCAACCACACACAAACGUUCAUUCGUUUUCUCUAACCUCCCUCCAAAAGUUGUCUCAACCAACUAGCAUACACGCAAAAAAAAAAAACAGAACAAGAGAUUAUGGCUCCAACUCUUUCACCCCUUUUUGCUGCUUGAGAAAAUCUUGGUUACCUCCCUCAUUAAAGUAAAAAGGAGACGGGAUGGCCUUUGGAAAUUCACCACUCCAUGGCCUCCUGUCUAUCCUCUUUCUCUUCUUCUCCUCCUCUCUCCAUCAUGUUGCCACUGCAAUCACCGUCACAACAACUUCUAUCCACCUCGAUGUCAUUCGAAAGCCUGCCCCUAAUGUCCCUAUAUUUAGAGAAGCCCCUGCUUUUCGCAACGGAGACACAUGCAACAAAGAAAGCAUCCAUAUUUCCAUGACAUUGGACUCAAAUUAUCUCAGAGGAACCAUGGCUGCUGUCCUUUCCAUUUUGCAACAUUCAACAUGUCCUGAAAAUGUUGAGUUUCAUUUCCUUUGGGCAAGGUUUGAGCCUCAAGUUUUCCUAAGCAUAAGAUCAACCUUCCCGUACCUCAAAUUCAAGAUUUAUCGCUUUGAAUCCAAUAGGGUACGCGGUAAAAUCUCGAAAUCGAUACGUCAAGCAUUGGAUCAGCCUCUUAACUAUGCAAGAAUAUACCUUUCUGACAUUCUCCCUCUUUAUGUCAAGCGAGUUAUAUACCUUGAUUCUGAUAUUGUUGUUGUGGACGACAUUGCAAAGCUAUGGGAGGUUGACUUGCAGGGCAAGGUAUUGGCUGCACCAGAAUAUUGCCAUGCAAAUUUCACAGAUUAUUUUACAGAUUUAUUUUGGAACGAUGUUGAGCUACGUCGUACUUUCGAAGGUCGGAAACCGUGUUAUUUUAACACGGGGGUGAUGGUUAUGGAUGUAGAGAAAUGGAGAGAAGGAGGCUAUACACAAAAGGUGGAACAUUGGAUGUCAGUGCAGAAACGAAAGAGGAUAUAUCAUUUAGGAUCUUUGCCACCUUUUCUUUUGGUUUUGGCAGGGGAUUUGAAGAGUGUGGAUCAUAGAUGGAAUCAACAUGGACUUGGAGGUGAUAACCUUGAAGGAAAAUGUAGAAGUUUGCAUCCUGGUCCAAUUAGUUUGCUUCAUUGGAGUGGUAAAGGAAAGCCAUGGUUGAGAUUGGAUUCAAGGAGACCUUGUUCUGUUGAUCAUCUAUGGGCUCCUUAUGAUCUCUAUCGUCCAAAUACCCAUUCUUUGGAAGAAUGAGUUUUUUUUUAAGAGAAUGUGAGUGGCGGGUAUGGGGAGAAGACGAGAAAAAAAAAACCAAAUUCUAUUAAAGCACGCAUUGUUUAUAAAAAAUGGUCAUUAUUAAAAAAAAGGGAGAGUUAGGGGUGGAAGAGAUUAAAUAAAUAAAAGAGUUGAGUAAUUUUAACUCUAUACUUUUGUUAAUACUUUUUUUUUUGUUUUUAAUCUAGUCCUUUCAAAAAGGACAUAUUAAUUGAGAGAAUCUAUUGAAGAAAGCUAGAGAAGGAAAACACAGGGACUAAUUUGCAAAAGUCUUUGUUCAAGGGAUCGAUCUACCCACAACUCAAGAAGCCAAUAUAAAUAAAUAUAUACUUGGAGCAGUGCUGUAUAUGUUUUUUUCUUCUUCUGUUUUCUGGGUUUUGGGGGGUAAAUAAGAACCUUGGGCAUUGAUUGUGCAGAUGAUAGUAUCAUCUGCAUCAGUGACUGGUUGCCGGAUCGAUGAACCUCGUCCAAAAUUAAGUGUCUGUGAAAAAUGAUAUCUAUGAAUUUUUAAUAUUUUCUUAUUAUCUGGAUAGAUUUUGUACAUUUCUGUGCCCAGCUCAAUUGCUGGUGAAAGAUUAUGCCGUUUCAGUUCA